CAGAAACUCUACCAACCAAUUGUUUCUUGCCUGAACUGAAUGCUAACUACAACAAAUCACUCUGAAUUAAACUUUUCUUCUCUUGCAGCCUAGCUAUUUAUAAUUACCCCAUCCUGCAGCCCAACUCUGAAUCACUCGCAGUGCAACUCAGCAACUGUACAGGCAGUUCUCGCUAGCUUAGCCCAUCGAUCAGUGACGGAUAGUGUGUGAUCGGCAGAGAGUUUCAGGGCCUGUCACUGAUGGCUCCGGUCUGCAUCUCCGACGAGCGCGCCGUCGCGGUGUCGGCGGAGCGGCUGUGGAAGGUGAUCUUGGACGCGCCCGCCAUGGCCAAGGUCUGCGCCGGCCUCGUCGACGCCGUCGAGGUCGAGGGAGACGGCGGCCCGGGCACCAUUAACACCCUCAAGCUCAACCCUGCCGCCGAGGCAGGCAGCAUCUACAAGACACGACUGGUGGCGCGCGACGACGCAUCCCACACGCUCAAGUCAGAAGUGCUGGAGGCCCAGAGCAAGGUGGGCAAGAAGCUGAAAUCACACUCGCUGGAGAGCAAGCUCGAGGCCGCCGGCGAUGGCGCCUGCGUGGCCAGGCUCAGGGUGGAGUGCGAGCUCGAGGAGGACGGCGGCGCGCUGUCGCCGGAGCAGGAGAAGGCGAUCGCCGGCGGCUACUUCGGCAUGCUCGGGAUGAUCGAGGCCUACCUCGUCGCUCACCCUGAAGAGUAUGCCUGACUGAACGGAUCCGAGAUGAUUGGGUAAUGUGAGCUCGUGAGAGUGAUCGUUGUGUGUGUUUAAGGUUGUGUGAUUUGGUGUUAAUUUGUGUGGUUGUGUGUUUGAAUACUUGAAUAUGCAUCUGUGGAGUUCACUGCUCAGUGUUGGUGAGAUUGCUUUGCUUCAUGAAUGAAUAAAUUACACGUAUGAAUUCAGUGUGUCUAGUAUGGUGCUUAGGUCGGGAGAUUGCAUAUCGGACAAAAGGUAUAUGUAACU